AUGAAGGUUUCCGCCGUUAUCCUCGCUGUCGCCUCUCUGGCCAGCGCUCACUACACUCUCCCCAGCAUCAACGGCGGUGUACCGUGGUCUCACGUCCGUCAAGCCAAGAACUGGCAGGACAAUGGCUUCGUCGGCGAUGUCACCAGCAACGACAUCCGCUGCAACCAGCUGAAGCCCGGCACUGCCACCAUGACCGUCGCCGCUGGUUCCAGCGUCAAAGUCAGCGUCAACCCCAACGCCUACCACCCAGGCCCAUUCCAGUCCUACCUCGCCAAGGUCCCCGCAGGUGCAGACAUCAACACCUGGGACCCCACUGGCGCAGUCUGGUUCCGCAUCUACGCCGAGCAGCCCAAGUUUGGCAGCCAGCUGACCUGGUUGGCUGCCGCCAACUACGACAUCAAGAUCCCCCAGUGCAUCCCCGCCGGCAAGUACCUCAUGCGCAACGAGCACAUUGCCAUCCACACCGCUGGCCAAAGGGGCGGCGCGCAAUUCUACCUCUCCUGCGCUCAGAUCGAGGUCACUGGUGGCGGCAGCACGUCGCCCAGGAACCUUGUCGCCUUCCCAGGCGCCUACAGCGCUACUGACCCCGGUAUCUUGAUCAACAUCAACUACCCCAUUCCUACUAGCUACGUUAACCCUGGCCCACCUACCUUCACUUGCUAG